AUGUCUCAACCCAUCACGUUAAAGCGCAAAGCUAUCAAUAAACCUACUCAGGAAACUGCUAAGCCUGCCAAGAGGCAGAAAGUGUCCAAGGAUGCCCCUACAACGUCGGCUCAACCAUCACCAGCAAAACACCUACGACAAAACCUUACUCUUGCUGAUUGGAUCACAGUCUAUGGUUAUGUUGAUGAGCAUCCCACUGCUAAUCAAUCAGAUAUUGUCAAGUAUUUUGAGACUCUUCCUACUGGGGCGCUCAUACUUAUCUACCGCAGUCAUAACAAGGUCACACGGUAUCACAAACUGUGA